AUGUGCCUGCAAUUCUACUGGUACAAGGUUGCACUUUCAGUUUUCAUGUCUAACGUGUGCACAAUAAUGUUGUGUUUGGUUGGAAUGAGUGAAUUUGGAAGGAAUGAAAUGAGAUUUGAACUGUUAAGGGAAUACCUUCAAGGAAAUCCACUGUGGAUUCAAUAUGUUAAAGUUCCUUUAGCGACGUUGGGAUAUGAAAGUAGUUAUGAUGUAUUUGUUAAGGCACAUGGUGGCGGUCUCUCUGGCCAGGCUCAAGCAAUUUCUCUUGGUAUUGCCCGUGCUUUACUUAAGGUCAGUGAGGACCACAGAGUACCCCUGAGGAAGGAGGGUCUUCUCACCAGGGAUGCAAGAGUAGUUGAAAGGAAGAAAGUGGGUCUCAAGAAAGCCAGAAAAGCCCCACAAUUCUCCAAGCGUUAA